AAAUGGCAGCAGAUGUUGGUGAUGUGAACGCACCCAUCGCCAUUGUCAUCCCAAACCUUUUUCUUGCCCAAUAAUCUCCCUCAGAAGUUGAGUUGUUGUAACGCAAAUAGGACACUCGUAGUAUACUAUAGCUAUAUAUAGAUAGAGUCUCCACAUUUCUUAAUGGCCGCCAUUAGAGUAUCCUUAGCUUCGUCUCUCACUUUGAUCGCUUCAACUUCAACUUCAUCAUCUUCUUCCUCGGUUUUCACGAAAUUGCGGUGGAACCCAGUUCUCAGUCUUUCAUUUUCAGUUACACCCUUAUUGUGUUCUCGAAGAGGGAAGCGCAUGGCUCACUCUCUUGCUAAGGCCACUCUUGGGCUCACUCAGCCGGCUCAGAUUGAAGCACCCAUGAUAUCUUUUGCUGUAAAAGAGAUUGAUUUGGUGGAAUGGAAAGGGGACAUACUUGCAGUGGGUGUGACAGAGAAAGAUAUGGCCAAAGAUGAAAACUCAAAAUUCCAAAAUUCAAUUUUGCAAAUGCUAGAUUACCAGUUGGGUGGUUUGUUGUCUGAAGCCUCUUCAGAAGAAGAUUUCACAGGAAAGGCUGGACAGUCUACAAUUCUUAGGCUUCCAGAUCUUGGCUCGAAAAGGGUUGGUUUAAUUGGGCUCGGAUCAACAGCUUCAUCAACUGCUUAUCGAAGUCUUGGUGAGGCUGUCGCUGCAGCAGCAAAGACUGCUCAGGCAAGUAAUGUUGCCAUUGCACUUGCUUCUUCUGAUGCGCUCUCUGAUGAAUCGAAGCCUAGCACUGCUUCAGCAAUAGCAACUGGAACUGUGUUGGGUACUUACGAAGACAGUAGGUUUAAGUCUGAGUCAAAGAAGUCAGCCCUCAAAUCUGUGGAUAUUCUAGGUCUUGGAACUGGACCGGAGCUAUUAAAAAAGAUCAAGUAUGCAGAAGAUGUAUGUCGGGGAGUUAUUCUUGGAAAAGAGCUUGUAAAUGCACCUGCCAACGUAGUCACUCCUGGGGUACUAGCAGAAGAGGCCAAAAAGAUUGCUUCCAUGUACAGUGAUGUUCUUUCAGCCACAAUUUUGGAUGUAGAACAGUGCAAAGAACUGAAAAUGGGUUCUUAUCUGGGUGUGGCUGCAGCUUCUGCAAAUCCUCCUCAUUUUAUCCAUUUAUGUUACAAGCCUCCAAGUGGGCAAGUCAAAACCAAGCUGGGCUUAGUUGGCAAGGGAUUGACUUUCGACAGUGGUGGCUACAAUAUCAAGACGGGACCUGGUUGUUUAAUUGAGCUCAUGAAAUUUGAUAUGGGAGGCUCAGCAGCAGUGUUAGGUGCAGCAAAAGCUCUUGGUCAGAUUAAACCUGAUGGAGUAGAGGUUCAUUUCAUUGUUGCAGCUUGUGAGAAUAUGAUAAGUGGAACAGGUAUGCGACCUGGGGAUAUCGUUACAGCUUCUAAUGGCAAGACAAUCGAGGUUAACAAUACCGAUGCUGAAGGCAGGCUCACUCUUGCUGAUGCUCUGGUAUAUGCUUGUAACCAAGGUGUAGAGAAGAUAGUUGAUCUGGCUACGUUAACAGGGGCUUGUAUAAUUGCUCUUGGGCCAUCUAUUGCCGGCAUCUUUACACCUAGCGAUGACCUUGCAAUGGAGAUGCUUGCUGCUUCAGAAGUCACUGGAGAAAAACUUUGGAGGAUGCCUAUGGAAGAAAGUUAUUGGGAGUCCAUGAAAUCAGAAGUGGCUGAUAUGGUGAAUACUGGUGGUCGUCAAGGUGGUGCUAUCACCGCUGCUCUUUUCCUGAAACAGUUUGUUGAUGAGAGGGUUCAAUGGAUGCAUAUUGACAUAGCUGGUCCUGUCUGGAAUGAGAAGCAGAAAACUGCAACAGGAUUUGGCAUUUCAACUCUGGUGGAAUGGGUUCUGAAGAAUUCUUCAUCUUAGUUCCAUUUUCUGCUCUGCUGUUCAAGGGGCAUAUAUUGUUUAAGCAGAUGGGAGGCAGAGGAAAAAUCUUCACGGGGUUGUAUGGCGCUAAGAUUUUUGGUUGUAUGAAUAAAAGUUAUGAAAGAAAGCGAAAAUGGAUGAGCUCUGAGGCAUAGGUUGUGCUGAGCCUGUAUUAUUCAGUGAACACUUGCCUUUUGAUGUUCUCUGUGAAAUGCUUCUACAGACUCCAUGCAGAGUUUCUAUCACCUUUGUUUCUUAUGUUAUUUAUACUCUUUGAUAGCUUCGGAAUAUGUUCUGGACACUUAUUAAUCAGGAGGAGUAGCAGCACAGGGUGGGUUAGGCGCAACAGUAAGGUUGGUCAAACUUGACACUUUGGUUAAGUGAUGUCAGGAGCGAGUCGUAAAUAUAGACGUUUUGAGUUUAAAUUUUGUCAAUAUCUUGAGAUUAAG